AUGCUCCGCGUCCUGCUCCUUGGCGUGUUGGCCCCCGCCGGCCUGGGGCUCCCGGCGCCCCCGGAGCCGCAGCCCCUCGGCAGCCAGUGCGUCGAGCACGACUGCUUCGCGCUCUUCCGGGGCCCCGCGACUUUCCUCGCCGCCAGUCGGGUCUGCGAGCAGCUGCGGGGCCACCUGAUGACCGUGCGCUCCUCGGUAGCAGCGGAUGUCAUCUCCCUGCUACUGAGUGGCGACGGCGGCGAUGGCCCGCGGCUCUGGAUCGGCCUGCAGCUCCCGCCCGGCUGCGGCGACCCGGGGCACCACGAGCCCUUGCGCGGCUUCCAGUGGGUUACGGGCGACAACCGCACCAGCUACAGCAGGUGGGCGCGGCCUCACGACGACGGGACGCCCCUCUGCGGUCCGCUGUGCGUCGCCGUCUCGGUGGCCGGGGCUCCGGCACCGGGAGAACCAGCCUGGGAGGAGCUGCCGUGCGGCGCGGAGGCCGACGGCUUCCUCUGCGAGUUCAACUUCGCCGCCUCCUGCCGGCCGCUGGUUGUGGAGCCCGGCGCCGCGGCGGCCGCCGGCGUCUCCGUCACCUACAGCACCCCGUUCGGGGCCCGCGGCGCGGACUUCCAGGCUCUGCCGCUGGGCAGCUCGGCCGCCGUGAUGCCCCUCGAGGUGAAGCUGGAGUGCGCGGUGCCUCCCGCUGAGGCCGAGGCGCGCUGGGGCCGGGAGGCGCCGGGCGCCUGGGACUGCAGCGUGGAGGGCGGCGGCUGCGAGCACGAGUGCAACGGGAGCGCCGGGGCGUCGAGCUGCCUCUGCCCCGCCGAUGCCGCCCUGCAGGCGGACGGGCGCUCCUGUGCGGUGCCGGCCGAGCACCCGUGCCACCAACUCUGCGAGCACUUCUGCGUCCCCGGCUUCCCCGACGCGCCCACCAACUACACGUGCAUGUGCGCGACGGGCUACCGGCUGGCUGCGGACCAGCACCGGUGUGAGGACGUGGAUGACUGCACGCAGGUGCCCAGUCCGUGCCCGCAGAGCUGUGUCAACACGAAGGGCGGCUUCCAGUGCCACUGCUUCCCCGGCUUCGACCUGGUGGACGGCGAGUGCGUGGAGCCUGUGGACCCAUGCUUCGGCAAUAACUGCGAGUACCAGUGCCAGCCCGUGGGCGGAACUGACUACCUCUGCAUCUGCGCCGAGGGCUUCGCGCCCAUCCCCCAUGACCCACACAAGUGCCAGAUGUUCUGCAACCAGACUUCGUGCCCGGCCGACUGCGACCCCAACAACCUGGCGAUCUGCCGGUGCCCCGAGGGCUACAUCCUGGACGAGGGCUCCGUGUGCACGGACAUCAACGAGUGCAACAACGGCUACUGCCCUGGCGAGUGCCACAACCUCCCGGGCACCUACGAGUGCAUCUGCGGGCCCGACACGGCCCUCUUCGGCCAGGCUGGCACAGACUGUGACCCCAUCAAGGUGAGCGGCGGCGACCAGGGCGGCUACGAGGAGGACGGCGGCUCUGGGGCGCUCCCAGGCAGCCCGACUCCCGGCGCCACCCCUCGCCCCUCGCCCCCGCCCGCGGGGCCUCUGCAUUCGGGCGUGCUCGUUGGCAUCUCCAUCGCGAGCCUGUCUCUGGUCGUGGCGCUUUUGGCGCUCCUCUGCCACCUGCGCAAGAAGCAAGGCACCUCGCGGGCGGAGCUGGAGUACAAGUGCGGGGUCCCCGCCAAGGAGGUGGUACUGCAGCACGUGAAGACUGAGCGGACGCCUCAGAAACUCUGAGGGACCUCCCUCCCUGGCCCAGGCGUUGGGUGGCCUUUUCCUCCCUCCUGGGCCUCAUUGCUCCUCUCCUGUCCAGCCUUUCUCUCCCACUACCCCAAAGCACCUUAGCAGGCGUCAGAACCGGAGAAGAGACCCUCCUCUUCUUUCGUUGCUUCUACACUUGGCUAUGGGGGGUGGGGCGCGUUGGAAGAAGUAUGGCCCCAGCCAUUUCCAUGAUGUCAUCGGACAAGUGAGCAGAGAUGGCAAUUUUAUAGUGACAAGAUUGCAAAGUGUCCGAUGCCCUCACCAAGGGGCACAGGAGGGGUGAGUGUUCUUGGUUGGCAGUCUUGGGGGCAGACUUCAUCCCAGUGGACUAAGUGAAGUGUAAUUGAGUCAUAGAUAAUGACCAAGAUAUUUAUUUUUUAAGUAUUUUUUUGUUCUUUGGCUUCUUUCCCUACCCUUGUGUCUCCGGCACCCACUUUGUAUCCCUCCCUCCUUUCUCCCUUCCCCUCUCUCCCCUUCCCUGUCUAUAUAUUUAUGUGCUCCCACUUGUCAUGGGUCCCUUAUACUAUCUUUUCCAGCCCUCUCGCAUCUAUGAAGCCAAGCCGCAUUUCAGCCCUUUCAUUUCUCCCAAUUUCUCCCUCCCGGGAACUCGGCCAACCCACCUGAGCCACCCUACCUGUAUUGGACCCUACUCCUGCCCUUAGCUGUCUGCCUGGGCGGAACUGUUAUGUGAAACAGAAACAAAAACACUAGAAAUAAGAAUGGUUGGGAAUUUGUUCUUUCAGCAGAUUUGCUCAUUUAUCCUGAAAUUUCAGGCUUCCAGAGCAAUAUCAUUUUAACAAAGGUUAAGAUGUGAAGGGCACUUGUUAGACUAAUGUUGCCGGACUAUCACAGGAAUUCAACGCAAGGAGAUUUUCAUUUUUAUUUUUAAACAAUGAACCUCCGUUUUAUUGUUGUUGUUGUUUUGAUUUGGACUGAA